AUGAGUCUCUGGGCUGAUAAAUAUAAACCUAAAUCACUUGAUCAACUUACAUAUCACAAUGAACUAUCAACUCACCUAAAGAAGCUAGCUAAUUCAGACAAUUUUCCUCAUUUACUAUUUUAUGGACCACCUGGAGCAGGAAAAAAGACGCGUAUAGCUGCUGUACUAAGAGAGAUCUAUGGACCUUCAGCAGAAAAAUUGAAAGUAGAACAACGACAAUUUGUUACUUCGUCCAACCGAAAGAUGAUCUUUACUGUUGUUUCGAGUAAUUAUCACUUGGAACUUAAUCCAAGUGAUUUAGGCAUGUACGAUCGUGUUAUUGUUCAAGAUGUCAUCAAGGGCAUUGCUCAAACUCAACAGGUUGACGCUAAUGCUAGACACCAGUUUAAGGUUGUUAUUAUUGAUCAAGCAGAUGAACUGACAAGAGAAGCACAAGCUGCCCUUCGUCGAACCAUGGAAAAGUACACAGCGUCGAUGCGUCUUAUAUUGUGCUGUAAUGGUCUCGGAAAAAUCAUUGCUCCUGUACGAUCUCGUUGUCUUUUGAUGCGUGUAGCACGACCAGAAACAGAUCAAGUCGUUGGUGCACUUUUACAUGUAGCUAAUAAGGAGGGCCUUCGUCUACCGAAGCAAUUGGCUAUGCAUAUUGCUGAACACAGUGAGAGGAAUAUGCGAGCUGCCUUGUUGGCAUUAGAAAGUGUUGCUGUUAGACACUCUGAUUUGAGUAAAGUAACUGAAGUUGAUCCUCUGGAUUGGGAGAUUGCUAUUUCAAAAAUUGCCGACAUGAUCCUACAAGAACAGUCUCCACAACGAUUAUUAGCUAUUCGACAACAUUUAUAUGAUUUGAUUAUCAAGUGUAUUCAACCCAGUUUGAUCAUUAAGAAAUUGACAUUUUAUCUCCUUGACAAAGUCGAUCCUUCACUUAAGCUGCAAAUUUUAGAAAAGGCUGCCUUUCAUGAACAUCGUCUACGUAUGGGCAAAAAGGAGAUUAUUCAUUUAGAGGCAUUCAUUGCUAGUGUGAUGCAUAUUUAUAAACGGUUCUUGAGUAGUAUGUAA